AACAGAAAUAUUAUUACUCAAUAGAAAGUGAUGUUACUACACUUAUGAGUAUAAAGAUUAUCAGUCCACUGUCGUUUUAAUGACGAAAAUAGUAUAUUCCAGCUCGCAAUCGAGCGAAAAGCAGCAGCACCACACAACCCUCUUUCUGGUGAUGAUGCGAUUAAAUCUGAAAUACGUGUUAACAAGUCUCAUUUUGAUGGUAACAUGUGUGACAUUAAUGCUUUGGAGUCGAUGUGGAGAAUUGGUCAGAACAUUCCCAAAAAGAUUCUAUGCAAGCCAUUAUCAAAGCAUGGAAGCUGUCGAAAUUGAUUGUGUUAUAAAUCAAGAGUACUCAAUUGGCUGUCGACGUGAAGGCGAUGAAGUUUAUUUACCUUUUACGUUCAUUAAAAAGUAUUUCGAGGUGUAUGGAUCAUUAAACUCAAUCGAUGGUAUUACUCACUUUGACUGGAAUCAUAGUUAUGGCAAAGUUAAUCUUCCUCGCAGCAUUUACGAUUCAAAAGGCAUUUACAUGUACUUCGAAAACUACAACGUUGAAGUUCGUGAUCGUGUGAAGUGUAUAAGUGCAAGUGCUGGUGUUCCAAUCACAACACAAUGGGAAAGUCAAGGAUAUUUUUAUGCAACACAAAUUGCCCAAUUUGGUCUUUCACAUUACAGCAAGAACUUAACAGAUCCGGAACCAACAAGGAAAGUUAUCGAAGAUGGCGAAUCAAAUCAAUCAAAUUGGAUAAUUCCGAAGGAAAGCAGCCUCACAAGGAACAUCGCUGUCAAUCAUACUUCUAUCGUCAACUUCACCACAUACAAUCAGUUUGAUAAUGGAAUAUAUUUGGACGUGGAUCAUGUCCUUGAUCUCCUUUUAAGUGUUGAUGUGUUUUUUCGAACAAAUUCAAGUCUCACAGUGACAAUACAAAAUCGUGAAUCACAACAAAUUUAUUAUUUGCAUUAUGUUGUCGCUGAUGUUUCCAUAACAGUACAAGACGCAAACAUUUAUCAUGGCAUUGGAAUGAAUGCUGCUAGUCGAUGGAAACAUCUUGCAAGAGAUCUUUUCAUCGAUGUGCAAAAAGGAGUUGUGGCUUUGUAUUCGAAUCGUAAGCUCAAAAUGCGACGAAGUGAGUUGAAAGUCAUUAAAAUAGCUUUCGUUGGCUCUGGUGCUUUUGAUAAUUUAACACUUUCGACAUCGGAACAUAUUCAACAUUUUUAUGAUGCUGCUGAAUGGUUUGUGCAUCAUCAAAAUCAAUCGACAGGUGGCUGGGCCAUUCCUGUGAAAAGAAGACUCGCGUCAGGCUUUGAGGAUCUUCCUCGAGGGUGGUAUUCAGCAAUGAGUCAAGGCCAUGCAAUUUCCCUCCUUUCAAGAGCAUUCUAUCAUUCUGGUGGAAAUAGAAAGUACUUAAAAGCAGCUGUGAAUGCACUUAAGCCAUUUAAAGUGGCUUCGGCUCAAGGUGGAGUGUUAGCGAAGUUUAUGGGAAUUCUUCCAUGGUAUGAAGAAUAUCCAACAACACCACCGUCCUUUGUACUCAAUGGCUUCAUAUACUCACUUCUUGGGCUUUACGAUCUCCACCAGAUCGCUCCAAAAACCAAAGGCGGGAAGGAAGCUGGACUUCUUUUUGAUCAAGGAAUGGAUUCGUUGAAGAAAAUGUUGACAAUCUUUGAUACGGGUUCGGGCUCGGUUUACGAUUUGAGACACUUUAGUCUGGGGAUAGCGCCGAAUAUAGCUCGAUGGGAUUAUCAUGUGACGCAUGUCAAUCAACUUUUAUUAUUGGCAACAAUUGAUGAAGAUCCAAUUUUUUCUCAGACUGCAGAUCGAUGGAGAGGCUACAUGAUGGGUAAACGGGCAAUGCACAAUUAAAAAAUAAAAUAAAAUUGACCAACAUCUUCGAUUGCAGCUUAACAACUUAACAAAUUUUGUUAAUUUAUUUUGGUUAAAUAAUUUUAUUUCCACGUUUACGAUUUCCUGUGAAUGGGAUUUUAAUUUUAUUUUAUUUAUUGAACUUAUUAAUUUAACUUCAACGACUACUAUUUUUAUUUGUACUUAAAGUAUGCAACACUUUCGAUUUUAAAAGAAAACUUUCGUCCUUGCCAUUUUAAUUUUUUACUUUAAUUUUAAAGAAACGAUUUUUCGAAAAUAUCUUGUACAUAAUUAUGGGCUUAUCAUUUUUAUCGACAUCAAACUUGAUAUUUUUAUCAAACGUAAAUCCGGUGUUUACAUAAAAUAAAUAAGAAAUCAAACCGAUUGAAUUCUAACCCCUACUAAGUAUAAACUUAAUAGAAACUUCACGUAAUUGUGAGCUUAUAUCUAAUAUAUGUAUAACAAAAACAACAACAAUAAUAUUGAUAAAUGCAUUUUUAAAUAGUACCUCAAACCACUCGGUGAAAAUCUUUUGUAAAAACAAAAUCUGAUAGAAAGGAAAUCUUCCUAAUUUUUCUUUUCUUUACUACGAAAUUAUAAAAUAAAAUUCUGAUGUUAAAUCUUAUGAAAGUAACAAGAUACUUAUUUCCUUUCAACUCUUUUCCAAAGUUAAAGAGAAACACUUUUGACAACAUGUUAAUUUUUCUAGUAAACACGAAGAACUUCUUAGAGGAGCUUAACACUGACACAUGAACCACUUUAUGCAAAAACUAUUUCAGUAGAUGACAAUGUUUAUUUCCGGAAAGAUAACUGUAAUGAAUGUUAAAUAAUAUAGAAGAUUCCAUAAUUGAAUCUCUUUUGAUAUCAUUAAUAACAGUGUCAAUACAAUGACUCAGCAAAGAGCGAGUAGUGAUAGUUUGUAGAGUAUAAAUAACAAUGAAUAUUAAUAUUUAUGAACACAAACAAACUGACAAACAAAUUAAAAAAUAUUAUAUUUCAUACGUGCAUUAGCUACAUAAAUAUUAGAUAUCAUAAUAUAAAUUCUCACCUGAUUAUCUCACUUAAAACUUGUCAUCUUUAAAGAUAAAAUUGUAAGCUUCUCUUUCACGCAGAAUUGGUAGAAAUUUAUUUUUUUCAAGCAAUAUUAUAAAGCGAUUAAUAACCGCUAAAGUAACAAGAACAUAUCUUUUUUAAUUUAGUUUCUAUUUAUCAAAGCAUCUUUACAAUGAAGAUACAAACAUUUUAGUAAUAAAAAAUUUGUGAAAAAUGUGGAAAACUCAAAGUUGUGUAUAAGUUUCUAGCUCGAAACUUAAUUUUUAAUAUUUCGUCAGAUGAUUAGAAGAGAUUUCUAAUUUAAAAUUACUUUUAUAAAUCUUCUUAACAUAAAUGUUAAAAGCAAAGAAAACAGGAAGAUAAACGAUUUGUUGACCUAAAUGAGAAGAAUGUUUUCCACACAUAGAUGAUGAUAAUAAUUUUGUAGACAUUUCUGACUUUUUAUACUUAAUUUUUCUAGAAAAGCUGUUUGUUAUCUUCUUUAAAAUUUUAAGGACAAUAACUUUUUAGCAAGAAACAAAUGAGAAAAAAAUUGAUAAAUUUAGAUUCAAAAAUUCUGUUGCUAUUCGUCGCUUAAUAUGUAAUAAAUAUGUAUUUGACACAUAAGAUAGCAUAUUUAAAUAACGAGACAAUGCACUGAAACAUAAAUAUAUAAAAGCAUACAAAGUUUAUGUAAUGUUACAAAAUAUAAAUCAGCAAAACAAAAAAUCGUCUCUUGCCAAUCCUUACGAUAAUUAUUAUCUAAUAAAUGACGAGAAAAACACACAAAAUAAAGAAACUCUUGUAACUUAAACCAGCAGCUUUAUACUGCUUAAUGGAAACUCAAAAACAGAAUUAAUAAAAAUCGGUUGAAUGUAAACUGAAAUAUCAUAAACUC